AUGAUCGACGUUCGUGUUAAGGAGAAGCACGAUGAAUACAAAGCCCGGACGAAAUACCUUGCCGAGCGUCUCAAAGGUUAUGGAAUAGAUUUUGAGUGCCCAAAGGGAUUGGUGCAAAGACCUGAUGGCGAGAACGGCCAAAGACACCUACUGCGUCUCGCCAACUUUGUACCCCUGGCCCGUUACUUGACCAGCCACAGAAGCUUCUCAGUCGCAGAAUCUGUUAUGUUCGCUGCUAAACGUAACGUGAAACUAAGGCAGGAAUGCAACGACUACUUCAAGAUGGCAAAACUUGGUUCGCGAGACUCAUUCGAAAGGCACGAGGCUGCCAUUCAUGUAUUUCAGGAAGUCAGGGACAUACUUCGCCAGAGGCUGAAAGCCGAUAGGGAUCUCCAUCCAAAGUUGGAAGCCACAAAAGUCUUGCCGGAUGCAAAGCGUAAGGCUGCGCGGCUCGACUAUACAGUCUUGCCUGUCGAAUACCUCGAAAACGACACGGACGAAGUCCUUGGAUCCGCGAGUGUUUAUAGGCGAACGCGACCUACCAUCAACGAGACACGGGUCGCUGGGAGGCUUAUCGGCCUCAUUACAGUCGCCAUGAAGUUUUUGACCUUCUCGGGCGGUCUUAAGUGGAUCACCAAGCGCUACUGGUUUAGGCAGAAUGCCGGCGUCAACAACGACGAAAUUGUUUAG